UGGACACGUUAAAAGGCCUCCAAAUGAGUAUAUUCUGUAUCGAAAGGAUGUGGCUCAUGAAUUUAGCAGAGCAGGAAAACGAUUGUCGGUCCAUUAUAUUACCGCGAUAGCAAAUGAAAGAAGGAAAAAUCUUGGCGAACUUGAAAGAAAAUUUUGGAAAGAGUUGGCAUUGGUGGCUAAAAAAUUACAUGAGUACAAAUAUCCGCAUUACAAGUUUUCGCCGAAAAGAAAAUCACAGAAAAUUGUUCCUAGCCAACGUUAUUGUUCUUUUGCCGUACCGAUUUAUCAGCAUUACCAUAACUUUGCAGAGAUCAAUGAAUUAGAAGUUAUCAAUUUUAUGCAAAGUAUCACUCAGUCAACAAAGUAA